AUGUCCAUUGAAAACAACUGGACAUUUUUGGAUGCUUUCUAUUACUGUUUCGUCUCGCUGACUACCAUCGGUCUGGGCGAUUACAUUCCUGGCGAUCAGCCAGACCAGAAGUACAGAUCGUUGUACAAAAUUAUCGUUACCAUUUAUCUGAUGGUCGGACUGGUUGGAAUGAUGCUGUUUCUUUCGGUGGUUUACGACAUUCCACAAUUGAACGUCAGUAAGUUUUUCUUCAAGCCCGAAUCGGACGAAGCAUCAGAGGAGAAGCGUCUUAAAGAACAAUUUGCAGCUGGUCCCACUUACACACGACAGCUAGAUGAACCGGAAGACAACAACGUGGUGUUGACAGAUCCAGACUAUCGGUACCAGUAG